UCCCAACCACGAAAUAUCCACAAAACAAAUUUUUAAACAAAACUUUUGGCUUUCUAAACAGCUUUGCUCGUAUCUGAAAAGAGAUGGAUUUCAGGGUGAUGGGUUUGGAAUCUCCACUGUUCCACACGCUGCACCGCAUGAUGGACAUGUCGGACGAGGGUGCAGGGGAAAAGACACACAAUGCUCCGACACAGACAUACGUGCGAGACGCGAAAGCGAUGGCUGCAACAGCUGCGGAUGUGAAAGAAUAUCCGAAUUCCUACGUGUUCCUGGUCGACAUGCCGGGGUUGAAAUCCGGUGACAUAAAGGUUCAGGUUGAAGAUGAUAACGUGCUUUUGAUUAGCGGGGAGAGAAAAAGGGAAGAAGAGAAAGAAGGGGUGAAGUAUCUGAGAAUGGAACGAAGAGUUGGGAAAUUCAUGCGGAAGUUUGUUUUACCUGAAAAUGCAAACAGUGAUGCAAUCUCUGCUGUGUGUCAAGAUGGGGUUCUUAGUGUUACUGUGCAGAAAUUGUCUCCUCCUGAACCUAAGAAGCCUAGGACUAUUGAAGUGAAGAUUGCUUGAUAUGGAAGAACAGAACAAAUGAAAUGUUUGUGUCUCUUAUUGCAUAUAGUUGUUCACUUUCACUGUUACAAGAUGUUUUAGUUUGGUUUUGUUGUAAUUUCUUAUUAACGUCCUCUGUUGCUUUCCAGUUUUGUGAUAAUUGCAGAAUUUGUUUUGAGCAUGUUGAGUGGGUGUAACUGAAAAUUGUCAUUGUGCUUGGUGUUUAUGAGUAACUUCCUUUGGUGUGUGGUGUUUGAGUGUUGGGUUUGUUGUGUGAUGGUGUAAUAUGGGCACGCAACAGAGAGAAUGAGAUUCUGUUAGAUUGGUGGGUUUAUUUUAAAUAAAUUGGAUAUGGCAAUUUUAUGGA